GCGCCGGUUGUUUGCUAACUUACAUCAAACCCGUUAUGAUUUAACUGCUUUUAAUGCAGCUGCCAUUAAAACUGUUAUAAACGAGUUCAUUCAUGUUUUGUCAUUGUUAUAUCUGGAUGCUACGUCGUGAAUCCGCUGAUGUUAUUCUGACAUUACAAGGUUAACCGCUAGCUGACUUAGCGUAGCGCUAGACUAGCAGUAGCUAACGUUAGCUAUAUCUGCAUGGGGCUCAGGUGUCCUCUUUAAGCGAGGUAAAAUAGUUUAGUUGUAACGUUACCCAUGAUUACUCCAUUUUAUAAAAGUGUGUUUAUCCGAAAUAUUACAGCUUGGAGUGUUGUGUGGAUUGAUAACAUUGCUGGCUCUCACCCUCACCUUCGUUAGCUAACUUCUCUCAACAACGUUACCUCUGACAUAAUAACGCCUCAUAACAAGUUACACAAGAUCUCUUGCAAAGCUGUUACAGUACCAAACAAACGUGUAUUAACAUGUCUAUUGGUCGUCACCAAAAAAAAAAGAAAGUGAAUCUAGUGUUUGUAACUUUUGUUGAAAUAGAACCAGCAUCUGCUUUCACUCGACGUCUGUUGAUUAGAUGCAGUUUAAUGGUAUGAAGACGCCAUUUAGCAGCCAUGACAAAAUGUUGUUUUUACAGCUUGACUCCUGUAAUAUGACUAAUGUGUAUUGUCAUUUGAUAGGGCCGUGGAAUGUGACAUAUACAGUGGGAAGGAUGCUGUCUCUGUCUCGAGCAGUGGUGUGUGGGGUGGCCCGUGCUCCAGCUGCUGUCAGUCAAGGGGGAGUGACUGCUAUCACCCGAUUCAACAGCACAGCUCAGACUGCUCCUAAGAAAACAACAUUUGGGCCUCUGGCAGAUGAGGACAGAAUUUUCACAAACCUUUAUGGCCGCCAUGACUGGAGGCUGAAGGGGGCAUUGAAGCGUGGCGACUGGUACAAAACUAAGGAGAUCCUUUUGAAUGGAGUUGACUGGAUCCUCAAUGAGAUCAAGGGUUCUGGCCUACGUGGGAGAGGCGGAGCUGGAUUCCCCACUGGCAUGAAGUGGAGCUUCAUGAACAAGCCCAGCGAUGGCAGGCCAAAGUAUCUGGUGGUGAAUGCAGAUGAGGGAGAACCUGGCACCUGUAAGGACAGAGAGAUUAUGCGGCAUGACCCACACAAGCUGGUGGAGGGCUGCCUGGUGGCUGGGAGGGCCAUGGGGGCGCGUGCUGCUUAUAUCUAUAUCAGAGGAGAGUUCUACAAUGAGUCGUCCAACCUGCAGGUAGCUAUCAACGAGGCCUAUGCUGCAGGGCUCAUUGGAAGGGACUCCUGUGGCACCGGUUUUGACUUUGAUGUGUUUGUGAUGCGGGGUGCUGGAGCAUACAUCUGUGGAGAGGAGACUGCUCUUAUCGAGUCCCUGGAGGGAAAGCAGGGGAAGCCCCGUCUGAAGCCCCCAUUUCCUGCUGAUGUGGGUGUGUUUGGUUGCCCAACAACUGUUGCCAAUGUGGAGACUGUAGCCGUGGCGCCCACCAUCUGUCGUCGUGGCGGCUCGUGGUUUCUGGGCUUUGGCAGAGAGAGAAACUCCGGCACAAAGCUAUUCAACAUCUCUGGCCAUGUUAACCACCCCUGCACUGUAGAGGAGGAGAUGUCUAUCCCUCUGAAAGAACUCAUUGAGAGGCACGCAGGUGGUGUGCGUGGUGGUUGGGAUAACUUGCUGGCUGUAAUCCCCGGUGGCUCCUCAACACCGCUUAUUCCCAAGAAGGUAUGUGAAGAGGUGAUGAUGGACUUCGAUGGCCUCCUCCAGGCUCAGACUGGCCUGGGCACAGCUGCAGUUAUCGUCAUGGACAAAUCUACUGACAUUAUCAGAGCCAUUGCCCGCCUGAUUGAAUUCUACAAGCAUGAGAGCUGUGGUCAGUGCACACCCUGCAGGGAAGGAGUGGACUGGAUGAAUGACAUGAUGUGGCGUUUUGUGAAGGGUGAUGCACGGCCAUCAGAGAUCGACAUGAUCUGGGAGCUCAGUAAGCAGAUUGAGGGACACACUAUCUGUGCCCUGGGAGAUGGUGCGGCAUGGCCAGUGCAGGGAUUGAUCAGGCACUUCAGGCCUGUGAUGGAAAGUAGAAUUGCUGAUCACCAGCAGAAGCAGCAGGCCAGGGCUUAAAUGGCUCUUCUAACUCCUUGAACUCGUUCUUCUGCCUAUUUGCCCUCAACCCUGUGUUGUUUCAUUGACAAAUUAUUUAAAACAAAUAUGUGCCGUCUUCUCACCUUAUCAUCAAGUUUUACAUUGAUGUGUCUGCCUUGUCUGAUGAUAACCAAUAAAAUUCUAUGAAUCUUAA